AUGGCGAAACACCCUCAUAACGAGGAUGACGACGGCAUUUUAUCGAGGGUUAGUGACGGCGUGGUCCCAGGCAGCGGGUACGAGAUCCUGGACGGGGAGAAAGGCCUAGGCAGUGGCGAUAUGCGAGACAGCAAGACCAAUAUCAGACGAGCCGCCACGGAUCUGCCACGUGCCAAGGCGCCGUACACCCGGCGAUCCGCAUACCUGACGGCCCGGCAACGUGAGGCAUUGGCAUCGAGAUUUUACAACGAGCUGAAGCAGAACACGGUCGUGGGCGAUGACUACAAGGUGCACAUUCAAUCGGACAAGUUCUCUCGGGAACUCCAGGAGGAUUUUCUGCACAUGUUCGCGCAGCCGCAGGACCAGGCGGGGCAUGAGGGCGAGGUGAUAGCGCCGCGUGCGGCGGAGAGCGUGGGGAAGCUGAACAUAUGCAUGCUGAUCGUGGGCACGCGCGGGGACGUACCGCCGUUCAUUGCCAUUGGUCAGAAACUGAAGCGCCUUUCCCUCCCUGCCAUCCGCGCUCAGUCCCCCCAGUGCCUUCCCCCCCUGCCAUCCGCGCUCAGUCCCCCCAGUGCCUUCCCCCCGUGCCAUCCGCGCUCAGUCCCCCCAAUGCCUUCCCCCCAUGCCAUCCGCGCUCAGUCCCCCCAGUGCCUUCCCCCCAUGCCAUCCACGCUCAGUCCCCCCAGUGCCUUCCCCCCGUGCCAUCCGCGCUCAGUCCCCCCAGUGCCUUCCCCCCAUGCCAUCCACGCUCAGUCCCCCCAGUGCCUUCCCCCCGUGCCAUCAACGCUCAGUCCCCCCAGUGCCUUCCCCCCAUGCCAUCCACGCUCAAGCUACGGGCACCGCGUGCGGCUGGCGUCGCACAGCAAGUACGGCGAGUUGGUCAUGGCAGGCGGGCUCGAGUUGGUCAUGGCAGGCGGGCUCGAGCUGGUCAUGGCAGGCGGGCUCGAGCUGGUCAUGGCAGGCGGGCUCGAGCUGGUCAUGGCAGGCGGGCUCGAGCUGGUCAUGGCAGGCGAGCUCGAGUUGGUCAUGGCAGGCGGGCUCGAGUUGGUCAUGGCAGGCGGGCUCGAGCUGGUCAUGGCAGGCGGGCUCGAGUUGGUCAUGGCAGGCGGGCUCGAGUUGGUCAUGGCAGGCGGGCUCGAGCUGGUCAUGGCAGGCGGGCUCGAGUUGGUCAUGGCAGGCGGGCUCGAGUUGGUCAUGGCAAGCGGGCUCGAGUUGGUCAUGGCAGGCGGGCUCGAGUUGGUCAUGGUAGGCGGGCUCGAGCUGGUCAUGGCAGGCGGGCUCGAGUUGGUCAUGGCAGGCGGGCUCGAGUUGGUCAUGGCAGGCGGGCUCGAGUUGGUCAUGGCAGACGGGCUCGAGUUGGUCAUGGCAGGCGGGCUCGAGUUCUACCCCCUGGCCGGCGAUCCCAAGGUGCUCGCUGAAUGUGAGUGCGCGGGGGGGGGGGAGGAGGCAGACAUGGUGAAGAACAAGGGCUUCCUGCCAUCGAGCAGCGCGGAGGUAGUACAGCAGUGGCAGCAGCUCGAGUCCAUCAUCUUCUCCACCUGGCCCGCCUGCACCCACCCCGACCUCGCCAGCAACGGCGCCCCCUUCCGUGCCGAUGCCAUCAUCGCCAACCCCCCCGUGUACGGUACGUGUGUCACACCACAGUGGCGGAGGCCCUGCAAGUGCCCCUUCACAUGUUCUUCACAUGGCGUGGAGGUACGCUCUGCUGUGGAGGUACGCUCUGCUGUGGAGGUACGCUCUGCUGUGGAGGUACGCUCUGCUGUGGAGGUACGCUCUGCUGUGGAGGUACGCUCUGCUGUGGAGGUACGCUCUGCUGUGGAGGUACGCUCUGCUGUGGAGGUACGCUCUGCUGUGGAGGUACGCUCUGCUGUGGAGGUACGCUCUGCUGUGGAGGUACGCUCUGCUGUGGAGGUACGCUCUGCUGUGGAGGUACGCUCUGCCGUGGAGGUACGCUCUGCUGUGGAGGUACGCUCUGCUGUGGAGGUACGCUCUGCCGUGGAGGUACGCUCUGCUGUGGAGGUACGCUCUGCUGUGGAGGUACGCUCUGCUGUGGAGGUACGCUCUGCUGUGGAGGUACGCUCUGCUGUGGAGGUACGCUCUGCUGUGGAGGUACGCUCUGCCGUGGAGCUAUCGUACGUGGUGGUGGAGGGGCUCAUGUGGCUGGGCGUGCGGGACUUUAUCAACAGUUUCCGCAAGAAGCUCAAGCUGCCGCCCAUCCCGCUGCGCAACCACCCUAAGAUGCGCAUCCCCUUUGGCUACAUCUGGAGCCCCACGCUCGCCCCCAAACCCCAUGCAACUUGUCAUCCGCCCCUGCUCUCUGAACCCCAACCGCCAGACUGGGGCAACCUGAUAGACGUGGUGGGCUUCUGUUUUCUCAACCUGGCGGACCACUACUCGCCCCCAGCGUACAUCCAACAGUUUCUUGACUCCGGCCCGGCCCCCGUCUUCAUCGGCUUUGGUAGCUUGCCGGUGUCAGACCCCAAGGGGCUGACACAGAAGUUGGUGGAGGCAUUGCAGCGCGGGAUACUGCAGGAGGGCUGGGGGGAGCUGGGCAAGAGUGAGUACCGUAGGGUGGGCGCGCGCGGCAAGAGUGGGUGCUGUGGGGUGGGGUGGGCAAGCAUGGGUGGUGCGGUUGGAAGAGCUCACUCUUUGUAUCUCCUCUCCUUCACCCUUCUCUCGUUCUCCCCCACACUAGUGGAAGCACCCAACCCCAACGUGCUGGUGAUCGGCAACUGCCCGCACGACUGGCUCUUCCCUCGCUGUCGGGCUGUGCUGCACCAUGGGGGGGCGGGCACCACUGCUGCUGGGCUGAAGGCAGGGCCAUGCAGGGCUGUGCUGCACCAUCGGGGGGUGGGCACCACUGCUGCUGGGCUCAAGGCAGGGGUGAGUGGUGUAUGCAUGGUUGCAGUGUGCCCCACCACCAUCAUCCCCUUCUUCGGCGAUCAGCCCUUCUGGGGGGCGAGCGUGCAUGCAGCGGGGGUGGGUCCCGAGCCCAUCCCCAUCGGCGCGCUCACACUCGACAGGAUCGUUGCUGCUAUUGAGUUCAUGAUCCGAGCUGAGGUGGUGGCAGCAGCAAGAGAGCUGGCAGGGUUGAUUGCCAGGGAGGACAGGGUGGACGGAGCCGUGCAGGCGUUUCACAAGCACCUGCCGCCGGGGUUCCAGUCGCAGCAGCACUGCACACCGUGGCUCGAGGCCUCUCCCAGUGGGCGCGGGGACUAUUGGGGGGAGUGCGCGUGGUGGUUGUGGAGCUUCUGGGGGGAUGCAGAGGAGGAAGAGGCGGAGGAGGGGAGCAGCCUGCCUCAGAAAGUUGCUCCCAGUGACCAGAUGGACUCGGCUAAAGCCCAUCCCUCACCUCCCCAUUCCUCAUUCCCGCAGGUGGGGCGUCUGAGCGACGUGUCCCACUUGGCUGGGCUGGUCUGGUACGACGACCGGCGCGAGCGGCUGCUUGUGUUGGCCUGCGGAGGCCCUAAGCGAUCCCGCGUCGGCCCAGGGGGAGCGGCUGCGCCAAGGCUCUCUCACACGUGA